GGUGGACAGCAGCGAGGCAUAUGGAAGCCUAAAGCAGGCAUUCCCGAGGUUAUUCACUGGCAUUGGCAGGACGCGGCGCGAGUACAAAAUGGUGCUUCGAGAGGACGCUGUCCCUGUGGUACAGCGAACCCGGCGUGUACCUUACGCCCUCAAGAAGCCACUUAAGAAAGAACUCGACCGGAUGAAUGCUGCGAACAUCAUCGAGAAGGUGGAAGAACCAUCAGACUGGUAUGUUCCAGGCAGCAAAUUGGUUGUUGCUCACACCUUGUCACGAAUCCCAUCACGGGAACAACCAGAAAAAGGCACAACGGACGUUGAAGUUCAUGCCGUGGGCGCCCUGACUGCCGUUGUCGGACCAGCCACCCUAUCCCGUCUGCAGGCAGCAACUGCCAGUGAGGCAACGGCGCAAGACGUCAUCUCCAGGCUGCAGUCAUCAAUGCCUAUAGAAGUUUCAAGUCCACGUUUUGCCAGGUCCAAUGGGCUCGCCGAGAACGGCGUACAGGGCGUCAAGCGGCUUCUGGGCAAGACUGAGACCAAAAAAGAGGACUUCUAUUUGGGCCUUCUCAACUACAGGGUGUGUCCUCUCGAAGAUGGCCGUUCACCAUCGGAACUGCUAAUGGGACGAAGUCUAAGAACGCUACUUCCAAAUUUUUCAGCGUCAUCCUCAGGUCACGUUCAAAAACAUGUUCAGGUGGACGACUGCGACGACGCCCCUGAUUCAUCUCCGAGCGCUGUCACACAGCAGAGGCAAGAACCUCCGCAGGCCACACAGGACCGACCACCAGCAGGCACACCAUGCGUGCCCAACAUUGCAGAUUCACUGCGACUAUCUACCAGACCGUGA